AUGGUACAACCACAGCAGUCACCUUUAACGGAAUAUACAUUACCACAAGUUGUUAAUAACAAGACUUCAACAUCAAGUAAAAUGACUAUAAAAGAAUACAAAAAGAUAGGUGAAGGAGCAUUUGGAACUGUUGUUGAAGCAGUAUUGAGGUAUGAAGAUCAACCACCAUCUACCAGCAAUAAUGAAGAAAAUAAUAAUAGCACGAAUAAUAAUAGUAAUGGAAAUUCUAAAAAUAAUAUAAAUAAUAAUACAACCACCAAUGGUGGAUGGAUAGGACCAUUUGCCAUCAAAAGAGUACCAGCACAAACAGAAUAUAAAUCAAGAGAAUUAGAAAUAUUGAGAGUUGUACAACAUCCAAAUAUUGUUAGUUUAAGAUUUUUCUUCGAUAAGAAAUCCCCCAUUGAUCAAAAAAUAUAUCAAAAUUUAGUAAUGGAAUGUUUACCUUCUAAUUUACAAAGUGAAAUUAAAUUUUAUCGUCAAUCAAAAUAUACUAUCCCUUAUCCUCAUAUGAAAGCUUAUACUUUCCAAUUAGCUAGAGCAAUGUUAUAUCUACAUGGUUAUGGAAUAAGUCACAGAGAUAUAAAACCUUCAAAUAUUUUAGUUGAUCCAACAACAAUACGAUUAAAAAUUUGUGAUUUUGGUUCUGCUAAAAAAUUGGAACCAAAUCAACCAUCAGUAAGUUAUAUAUGUUCCAGAUAUUAUAGAGCUCCAGAAUUAAUUGUUGGUUGUUCUUUAUAUACUACAAAAAUAGAUAUAUGGGGUUUAGGUUGUGUUGUUGCUGAAAUGUUUCUAGGUAAACCUAUAUUUCAGGGCCAAUCACCAGAAUCUCAAUUAAAAGAAAUCGCAAAAUUGUUAGGUCCACCACCAAAUACUUUUUUUUUCAAAAGUAAUCCUCAAUAUAGAGGUAAUAUGUAUACAACAAAAUUAUUUAGUUGUUCAAUUGAAGAAAGAUUUAAACAAAUAUUUAGUAAUUCACCAAUGGAUGCAAUAGAUUUAUUAAUGAAAAUUUUAGUAUAUGAUCCAGAAGUUAGAGCAAGUCCAAGAAGAGUGCUUGUUCAUCCAUUUUUUGCAGAAUUGAAAAAUAAAGAAUUUAAAGUUUAUCCAAGAGGUUCUUCUGAACCAAUAGAAUUAGAUUUAUUCAAUUUUAGUGAUUUUGAAAAAGAAUUGAUGGGUCCUUAUAGUAUAUAG